UAAAGGGAGACUGUCACCGGCGCCGGUGGGGCCUCCGAGCUGGAACACAGGCUAGUCAACAGAGGUCCUCAGAGGGGAGAGGAGCGUCCCUUUCAACCCUGAUCAGUGAGUUCACCUGACCUCCCAGAAACUGACCCCAAAACCGGGUACCGUGGCUUAUGCCUGCGGUUCUCGCACGCAGGAGCUUGAGGCAGAAGGAUCACCGUGAGUUCAAGCUAGCCUAGGAUACAAAAUUUUGUUUUUCAGGGCUCUUUGCAAGGGUAGCUGGGUCGAAUCUGCACAGAGGCAGCACCGGUCGUCACCGCAGUUCCAUCUUUUCCACGAUGUUGCCCUUAGCCAAAAACGCACUAAGCCGUCUCCAAGUUCGAAGUAUUCAGCAAGUGGUGGCAAGAUACAGCCAUCAGAAGCAGACACCUAAUUUCCACGACAAAUAUGGAAAUGCUAUAUUAGCAGCUGGAGGCCUCUUCUGUAUUUCUGCAUGGACAUAUACAGCAACACAAAUUGGAAUAGAAUGGAACCUGUCACCUGUUGGCAGAGUCACCCCCAAGGAAUGGAGAGAUCAGUAGUCAUGCCAGCUGGUGCAAUAAUGAAGGAAUUAUUUCAAAACCAAUCAAUAAGGGAUGCCAAGUCAAAGAAUCAUGUAUUCCCUAUAAUAUGGCAUAUUGAAGAAAAAAUAAAGUACAUUUGAAACCUUCAAAAAAAA